AUGCCAAGUUAUCUAGUUGAGCUUCAACUAGAUGUGUUGAAUUUAUCUUUUAAUAGGCUACAUGGAGAAGUUCCAAUACAAGGAGUGUUCCAAAAUGGGAGUGCAAUUUCAAUUGUUGGAAAUAAUGAGCUAUGUGGAGGUAUUGCAAAAUUUGACCUUCCUCCUUGUCCAUCCCCCAAAUCAAGCAACAACAAGCUAUCUCACAGGAUGAAAGUGAUCCUACUGGUGGUUGGUCUUCUUCUCAAAGCCACCAAUGGAUUCUCAGAGGCUAAUCUAAUUGGUGUUGGUAGCUAUGCUUCAGUUUACAAAGGGAUUCUUGAUCACGUUCACAUGGUUGCUGCAGUGAAAGUGCUCAAUCUUCAGACCAGAAGAACUUCUAAGAGCUUCAUGUCAGAAUGCAAAGCACUAAGAGCCAUAAGGGACCGGAAUCUUUUGAAAAUUUUGGGCGUUUGUUCCAGUGUGGAUUUCCAUGGUAACGAGUUCAAAGCUCUGGUACAUGAAUUUAUGGCCAAUGGAAACUUGGGCAAUUGGUUACAUCAAGUCGAAGUUGGAGACCAUGAGCAGCUAGAGGAACCUAGAAAUCUUAAACUAAUCUAG